AUGGACCAGAACCCCUCUGGCCGCCAGAGCAAAGAAACAGCAGCUCCCUUCGGCAGGCAAGAUGAAUCCCAAGACUCUCUGAAAGUGACCUCGAGCUGCCAAGAUGCCACCCAAGGUCAGCAAACUGACAUGCUGGCACCUAUGCCCAUCAUCUACACUCGCAAAUUCAGUGGCAUGGAAUCAUACACACCCACACCUAGCCGAAGGGUUAGCAUCCAGGAACCACCAGCAUCUAUCUUUCUCCCUCGCAGGAUCAGUACACAGAGUCCAUCCCCAUCCACCAUUCUCCCUCGAAGGUUAAGUACUCAAGAGAACCCUCCUCAGGGUUUCCAGUCCAUCGCCAAAGACAUACAAUCUGUGGCCUACAAUCGCUGGCUCAGUUCCAGAGAGACUUCUUCCCUUUACCCGAAUCGCCGACUGGGCAUCCUAAGCUCUCAUACCCUGUCCUGUGCCCAGGAAGAAACCUCAAACUUACAAAUCGACCCUGAAAGUCACUCCUCCAUGACCCAGGCAUAUGGCCUCAACAGAAAACAAAUUCGCCCCAGUGUGGAUGUUCCCCCGUCCAUAACCCAGAGCCCAGAGGCCAGCAUCAGAAGUUUGGAAGCCUUUCUCUGGGACUCCAAGGACAACUUGAAAGAAUUCACAGAGGACUCUGAGUCCAGUCACAGCUCCUCAAGACUGUCCAGCAUUUCUACUACAAUAAACUCUAGCAGGGUUCAGAGCAAAUGCUGGACACUGCUUCCCAUAGGCUGGAGGCUGCUGCUCGAGGCCAAGAAGAUCACUAGACACCUCAGCCUGGUGCUGGCUGUGGCCGGCAUGGUGAUUCUCAGCCUCAUCGCCCUGUGGAGACCCUGGAUCCACUUCCAAGUGCCUCUAACGCCCCCAGGGGACCCCGCUGGCCCCAAAGCCAUCCCCAUCGACACCAUCUUCUUCAUGCGCUGCCCUGACAUCUCCUGCAUGAAUGAAUACGACAAGAAUGCUUAUUUGCUGGAUAUGGCCUGGGCCUGCCUCCUCAUCUCCGGUGUCAUGAGUUUCUGCGUGUGCAUGGGUCUCGUCAGCACUAUAUUCUUCCCUAGCACCAACCUGCCCUUGAUGGACUUCUCUCUCUUCAUUUGCAGCCUCAUGACAGGGAUCAACAUCAUUUUGGGGGUCCUGUUCUACCUGAUGCAAGCCCGAAAGUUCCUACAGGAAGGCAUGACCUACACACUGGGGAGCAGUUUCUACCUUGCCUGGAUCAAUGUCUUCUUCUUCUUAAUGACUGGUCUCUUCUCCUAUCUGAACUACAUCAACUUCUGGUCUAUCCUGUCACUCCAGGCCAUAUGGUCUUAA